CAUUUUGUACCAUUUCCUGUUCAAAAUAAACUGGAGUGAGGAGAGAUCUAUGCUUUGAACUGAUUUACGAACACACUAAAAGGUGAAUGUUUUAAUAUGAAGUUAUACAGUGUUGUAGUGAUCCUGAGCAUGUUACAUCUACCUUCAGGGGACACACAGGAAGACUUUUGGCCUGUUCACACUGCGUGCGACUCAGACAAGAUCCAAGUGAUAUACAGGAGCUGCGACCCCAUACAGGAUGUAGGCUUCUCGCUCAGCUCCUGUACAGACAUACGGACACAGCCAUAUGUCAAAGCAUCUUUUCUCCUGAGGCAAUCCAUUGAUGAACUUUAUAUAUCUGUGGUUGUGUUUCACAAUGGACUAAACGUGUUCCACACGGACGAGCCCAUCUGCUUACCCAAUUUCCCUCGUUUCACCUUCUGUGGCAACAGGAGAGGGGAAAUGGUUACUAUUCAGAGUUCUUUGCCAGGACUGAAGUUUCCGCUAAAGGGUUCCUAUGACAUACAUGUCCAUGGCAUAAACCAAAAUGGCUUCCAAAUUGGUUGUGUGAAUGCCACGGCUACUUUUCAGUGACAUCUGAAAAAGAAUGAAUAGUUAAAAGUGUAUGUUAUUUGGAGUUUGUUCACAAAAUGCUGUCCUGAGCUUAACAAAUGACUUAAAUAAAAGCUGUUUAAUAAUACUAA